GUGCUUUACGGUGACCCGCCGAAGUAGUAUUUUUACAGUGAGCGACAGAAAAGGAAAAACGCUAAAGCUUCAAACAUCGGCGAGCGGACACCGAGCAGCAUCUCUCCCAGACAAUGGACACGGCUGGCUAAUUCAGUCCACCGUAAAUCACGAGUUUAAAGUUCAGCUGUGUGCUGGGGACUCGGAGCAAGCCGCUGCAGCCAAGAAGACGUCCAGCCCCUGCCGUAUUUUGGCUGCGAGGACAACACACCAGUUAGCUGCACGGCCGGACCAGAGCCUAAGAUGCCCUAGACGGGGAGAAGGGAAAUGUAAAUGGCUUCCAAAGUAAAAGAUGCUGUGGUGUGGUACCAGAAAAAGAUCGGCGCCUAUGACCAACAGAUAUGGGAGAAGUCGGUGGAGCAGAGAGAAAUAAAGUUUAUUUCUCUGGGCUUGAGGAACAAGCCAAAGAAGACGGGACAUGUCAAACCGGAUCUUAUCGACGUGGACCUGGUCAGAGGUUCGGCGUUCGCUAAGGCCAAACCCGAGAGUCCGUGGACGUCGCUGACCAGGAAGGGCAUCGUCAGAGUCGUCUUCUUCCCUUUCUUUUAUCGAUGGUGGAUCCAGGUCACCUCCAGAGCCAUCUUCCUCCUCCUGCUGGCUCUCUACCUGCUGCAAGUGGCAGCAGCAGUCCUGUACGUGAGCGUCCCUCAGCCUCAUGGGAUCCCGGCCACCGAGGUGUUCGGAGCCAUCUGGCUCAUGCUGCUGCUGGGAACCGUCCACUGUCAGAUCGUCUCCACCAGGACCCCGAAACCAGCCUCCAGCAGCGGAGGGAAGAGACGCAGGAAGUUGAGGAAGGCAUCUCAGAUGGAGGUGCAUAGGGAAGGCGACGGGUCUAGCACUACCGAUAACACACAGGAGGGGGCACCACACCCCCACUCAGCCAGCACCACAUACAGCCUGGGCGCUCUCUUCCAAGAUUUCUGGCAUGAUAUCUGUAAAGCUGGAUCUAAGAAGUCCAAGCUGUCCAUCGACAAAUCAACGGAGACGGACAACGGUUACGUGUCCCUGGACGGCCGGGUGACCAAUCGCAGCAGUGAGGAGGGGCUCCAGCUCCACGAGCAGAGAUGUGACUUGACCAGAGCCGACGACGGGUGCUGGAACUCACUGCUCCAGCCCCCACAUGCUCACCCAGCUCGCAGCUCAGGACUGCUGCUGGCCAGCGGCACCAAGGAACCCGCAUCAGACGAGGCCUCCAGUGAGGAAGACCCUGAGGCGUCCUACAGCGCCCUCCGCAGGGGAGUAGAAAGAAUGAACAGUGACUGUACGCUCCGCAACCGCAAGAACACACACCACAAGAAACACUACGCUGUGGAGGACGUCCCAAAGUCCGGCACCAGCUGUAGCUCCAGGUGUUCUAGUCUGAGGACUCAAGACUCGGAGAGCACUCGACACGAGUCAGAGACUGAGGACCUGAUGUGGGAGGACUUCCUCCACUGUGCAGAGUGCAGAUCGUCCUGCACUUCAGAGACAGAGGGAGAAGGUGGAGGGACACCUGUAUGUCCUCCUGCAAAGAAGGAAUACAGAGACGACCCGUUCCAUCAGGGUCACUCUCCCUGGCUGCACAGCUCCAACCCCGGCCUGGAGCGAGUGAGCGCCAUCGUGUGGGAGGGCAACGAGUGUAAGAAGGCUGACAUGUCUGUGCUGGAGAUCAGUGGCAUGAUCAUGAACAGGGUGAAUCUUUACACCCCUGGUAUUGGCUACCAGGUCUUUGGGAACCUGGUGUCAGUGACACUUGGACUCACACCAUUCGUUUACAGACUGGCUCAGUACCGUGACUUUGAUCAGCUGACCACACUGUCAGCCAAUGAGCUUCUGUCGGUGGCGCUUGGGGGCGGGUCUGGAUCAGAUGGCUUGGUCAUCACCAUGGUAACACUCAGCUUCCUGGUGCGCGUCUGCCUUAUAUGGCUCUUCUUCUUCCUGCUCAGCGUAGCGGAGAGGACCUAUAAACAGAGGCUCCUGUUUGCCAAACUGUUUGGUCACCUGACUUCAGCCCGCAGAGCCAGGAAGUCUGAAGUUCCACAUUUUAGACUGAAGAAAGUUCAGAACAUCAAGAUGUGGUUGUCGCUACGCUCCUACCUCAAGAGACGGGGUCCUCAGCGCUCAGUGGAUGUCAUCGUAUCGUCUGCUUUCCUGCUCACUCUGUCUGUCGUCUUCAUCUGCUGCGCACAGUUGCUGCACGUCCAUGAAACGUUCCUGGAUUGUCACUAUAACUGGGAGCUGGUGAUCUGGUGCUCCAGUCUGUCUCUGUUCCUGCUCAGGUUCGUCACUCUGGGCUCAGAGACCAGCAAGAAGUACAGCAACACCUCCAUCCUGCUCACCGAACAGAUCAACCUGUAUCUGAAGAUGGAGAAGAAGCCAAACAAGAAAGAGGAGCUGACGCUGGUCAACAACGUUUUAAAACUGGCUACCAAACUGCUCAAGGAGCUGGAUACUCCGUUCAGGCUGUACGGUUUGACUAUGAACCCUCUGCUCUACAACAUCACCCAGGUGGUCAUCCUGUCUGCAGUGUCAGGAGUCAUAUCUGACCUACUAGGAUUUAACCUGAAGCUGUGGAAAAUCAAAUCCUGACAGUGAACAGCGUCGAUGCUUCACUGUCUCUGACUGACUCCCUGAACAUAUCAGAGUGCUUUGACCUUCAACGUUCCCACCUUGUGCAAUUCACAAACUAUUUAUUUACCCACUCAGUGUUUUUACUUAGGAUUUAUUUGAAUUAUAGUUUGUUUCAUUUUUUUGUGUUCAGUGACACAACAUGAUGCUCUGUUUCACCUGUCUACACAAAGUUAGUAUUAUUAAGAACAUAAAUUAUUAACGUGAUGGUUUAGGUUCUCAGCUGCAUUUGUGAUAUUCUAUUUUAGCUCAUUUUCAAAUUUGAAGGCAAAAUAUUGAGACAUUGAAGGGGCAAAAUUCUUGCAUUUUUUGUGUUUUAUUUGCUUAAACUGAAAGUUAUUAUUUAUGUAGAGUGAGUUUCAAAACAAAACUUGACUGACUUCAAAACCUGGUGUAAAAGUAUAGACAUUAGUCCAGUGUUUUGUUUUAUUUUUUCAACAAAGUUUAUGGUGAAUUUUCUAAUUUUAUUGCAACCCAUUACUUACGUAAAAUAAAUCUUAAAAGAUUCAGCAAAUGCUUUAAAUGACAGAGUAUUUGAUUGAACCAGGACACUUUCAUUUGAGGCAGAAUAUUAUCCAUUAUAACUUAAUCUAUGUGUAUUACUGCUAUUUGGCAGGAUUAUUUCAUUUCUCAGUUAAGUUUCUUCAACUCAUCUUUAGUCAUACCAGCUCCCAGAUGUGACUGCCUAAAUCUAAAUAUAUACACAUAUCUGUUGAUAGACGUUAACAGUACCGUUAAGCAGCAGAGGUUUGACUUCUCACUGGGGGGACGUAAACUUCCAGAAGACAUCAGCACUGCAAAGAAACAAUCAUCCAGUUAAUGAAAAUAAUACAACAGGUUUCAAUAGAUGAUAAACGCUGGUGUGUCAACACUUCAUCAAUCACAGAAUGAAAAAAUUAAGCCAUAACCAACACAGACGUGAGAUUAUGAACUGCUGAACUUUAGAGCAAGUGACUAAAAGUCCCUUUUAUUCAUUUACUUUGUUGUAGUUGGGCCUCAUCUCAGCAUGUAAAGCUAUGAAAAGUCCUAAAUUAAAGAAAUAUAUCUAAUAAUGAUAGAAAAAAAAACAUUCUUUUGGCUCAGACAUUUCAUCAAAACAAGUUAAAUCGGAGUCACGCGUGGUUCUCGUUACCUAAUUCUGUUUCAAUGCCAACUGGCAUUACUUUGACACGGCAGCUGAUUUGUAACACAGAAAUCCACCUUGGACUAUUUAGAAAAACACAGACACUUCCACCACUGUAACUUGAGGCCCGACUAGACGGCAUCUCAGAUGUAUGUAAAGAGAAUCAAUCUGCCUCACUGGAUUAGUGAACACAAUUAGCUUCUGAUGCUACUUCUCCCUUUGGAUCGAUACAUCCUGUGGGUAAGACCUGCCCAAAAAAAAAAAAAAAGAAUUUUAGCUCCCGCAUUCAGGCAGCUAGACGAGUGUUUAGAGUGACGGGCGUUUAGUCUCAACUUCUUGGAUUUUAUAUAAAAUGUAACAUCUCAGACCCAUCUCAGCUAAUAACUGAUAGACUCAUGUGAAGACAUUGUAGUUAGGCCACAUUUGUGUCUAUACGCCGCAGUUAAAACAUGUCUGUACGUGAACGAAGAUAUGCACUUUAAAAACAGACCUUAAAUGGAAAAAAAUAAGUUACAUCUUGUCAAAAAUGUUAAAGAGAUUUUUUUUUGUACCUCACUUGCGUGACACAGUUUGUGUUUGUGUGUUUGACAUUUAAGCGAAUGCUGACUCGAAAGUUAUAUAUUAAAAAAAAAAAAAAAACUGUAUUGACAAUUGACAUCACUGUCUGAAGUAAAUCCUACAUGGUACAGAACUUAUGAAGCCUACAGAAAAUAUCUGACAUAAAACGUCUCCUCAGUUCAUGAGUUAGCGUUAGCUCACUGAAGCUUCAUUCAUAAAAAUGUAAGUGUAAUCAUCUUCAGCGUGUUGGAGGAGGAAGACCAAAGUGCUUAUUUAACUGUUUGUUUGUCUCUGCUGGGAGAAGAAUGUAUUUGUAGCUUUAUGCUUUAAAAUCUAUUUGUUUCCCUUUGGAAAUACUUUGUAUUUUUUGUUUUUGUUCUUUAAGCAUUCUUUGUUAAGGCUAUUUGCUCCUCACGCUCACCAGAAAGAAGAGGCACGUUUUACUGUGUUUUUAAGGAACAAAAAAAAAAUGUUUGAACUGUACGUAUGUAUGAAAGUGAAUCUAGGUUAAGGACUCUAUGUUGUGAUGCUGUUUUCAAAGAGUCUAACUAUUUAGAUUUAGUUUUUUGUGAACUGGUCUGUCCACAAGGUCUACAUUUUUAUAAGAAAAAUAAAAAAAAAUGGAUGUUCA